AAUUAAAUAAUCGUAUUAAUUGCAUUGAUGAGUCAUCAUUUAUUAUCUUCUAUUAUCAAGUUUUAACAUAUUAUUAUAUUUGCCACAUAAGACCUGAAAUAAAAUAACUCUUGACAUAAAAUAUUGUCAUUAUUUGUUGGCAUAACUGCACAGCUGUAAAAUAAAAUAAGUAAUUUAUUACUAUUACAUUACUUACUACAAUCUGGUAGAGCUAUAGAAUAUAACAUUACCUACAACUCUCACGUUCUGCCAACAAAUAAGUGUCUAACUUAGUGUGUGUUAAAAAAUAAUAACUGUGAGUACUUAUCGAGGACCAGUAUGUCGAACAGAGAUACCGCUUUGCAGAAUUUCAUCUUAUUCGACGAAGAAACAGUGUCCGUAAACGCAUCGAAUCCGGUGAGUCCGAUUCAACUAGAGCCGACGUCUGCGAUUAUUGCUAUUGGAUAUGUUCCCAAUUACGCUACAAGGUUCGCUGUAAAUUUAACAUGUCACGCAACUGGAAAUAUUGCAUUUCAUUUAAAUCCGCGGUUAGACAGAGGAUAUAUCGUGAGGAAUUCAAAAAUAAACGGCUAUUGGAAUGAAGAAGAGACAUGUUCGCCAUUUACUUCAUGUAGCGGGUUAUUACAGCGGAAUUCAUAUUUUCAUUUGGUCAUUUUUUGUUCUUACAAGGAAUUUUAUGUUUCCAUAAAUGGCAAACAUUUUUGUACAUUUGCAUACCGAUUGCCAUUAGAAUCAAUAACAAACUUCGAGUAUGACGGUGACGUGGAAGAUAUCCGGAUUCGUUUGAAAAGACUUUACAUAUAUCCUGACCCGAAGAUUAUUAAAUCAACACUUAAGCUUGAACUGACGGACCAAGGACCUCUUACUAAACCAAAAGUACCCUCGACAAUAUUUAUCCAAGACUUUAACCACGGGACGCGAAUAUUCAUAAAAGGUCGCUUGAAACUUCUACCUCAAUCGUUUUAUGUUAAUCUCCAGUCUAGUCCAUUGAUGUACCCGCAUCCAGAUAUUGCUUUACACUUAAAUCCGCGUUUUUACCAUGGAAACCGUUCACCGUUCGUUGUGAUGAACUGUUGGAAAGCUGGUUCUUGGGGUCAUGAGGAACGACACGAAGGACAUUUAUCCUGGGCGCCUGGUAGAGAAUUUCUUCUAACAAUCCGCUGUGAGUAUGACGGUUACAUAAUCUGGCUGAACAAUAAAAUAAUCGGAGAAUUCAAGCACCGAGUAGAUCCCACGAUCGUCGACACCCUGCUAAUAACCGGCGACAUAGUUCUGUACGAGCUGGCAUUAAAAAAUCUGGAAGAAGCCUGCGAAUAGUCUUAGCCAAUACUAAGACAAUCCAUCAUCACGAGACUUAAUUUUUAUUAUAAUAUAAUAUUAUAUAAUAUAACAUAACAUUAAAUAUAAAAGAAAGAAAAAUGAGCUAUAACAAAGUUGCAAAUCAAAAAAUAAGUGAAAGUAAAAAGAUGACAAGUGGAUGAACGGGCUAUUUUUAUAUGGAUUUAUUUAAUUAUCAAGUCAAGCCUUUGUCAAGUUUCUAAUCUUCAACGUUGCGUGAAGUACUUUUUUUUUAUUGUAUAUUUUUUUAAUCUUCCAUUGCAUAAAAAUUGCCCGUCUUCCACUUGUUCGUAGAUUUUACUUGCUUCGAUUAAAAUUAUACACUCACUAAUAUUUAUAAAUAUAUAUGAA